UUUUUUUUUUUUAAUAUUUGUUUCAAAAUAAACAAAACAAACUGCACAAAAUCGUUGCCGACUACUUCUCAACAUCCAACCCAUGGGAAUUUUAGAGUGUUUAUUUAUUAGAUCUAUCCCUUUAACCAUGGUUACUUUUCUAACCCUGACCAUGGUCAGCAGAUGCAGUUAGGAUUUAGGGAGAGCCGGGGAGAGAGAGACAGAGGCAGAGAAAGCACCCUCCACCCCCUUCCCAGUUCCCUCUUAUCUUUUUUUUUUCCCUCUCUCUCUCUCUCUCUCGCGUGUUGCUUAGUGUUUGCAGUGCUGUUUUGUUUCGCAAAUUACUGAUCGUUCUGUUCUCUGGGAAAUUGAGCAAUUGAGAGUUCUCGGCGCCAGAGACUGUUAAUUCGCUUGCCAAAACUGGUGUGUAUGCUCUUAUGUAUUUUUGCCUUACGAUUCCUAGAUCAAUUGUAGUUCGUACUUUGUGGGUUUUUGUUUGUCUCGCCAGUGAUUGAUAUUUUAUUGGUUUAGUGUAGUUGAGAUCUGGAAUUUUAGGUAUGAGCGGGUGGGUUUUCGUGAAAGAGUAUUUAUUGGAGCUCUGGGAGUAUGUGGGGGGUUUGUUCUGAUUUGGUUGCUCUCUUGUUGAAUGUGGUGGAUUUGAGUUUGCACGCAAGAAGAGGGUUUUCUAGUGUUCUUGGGUGCAGAUAUUGAAAUUUGGAGACCCUUUUUUUUUUUUUGAGUGUAAAAAUUUGGAAGCUUUUAUUUUGUGGGUAUUCUUGCUUUUGGGGUUAGGAGAUGAAAACUGAAGCGGGAAUGGGAGGAAAUGUUUGGAAUGAUGAUGACAGGGCCAUGGUUGCGACGGUUUUGGGUGGUCGGGCUUUUGAUUAUUUAAUGUCGAGCUCUAUGUCGACUGAAACUUUGUUAAUGGCGGUGGGGAGUGAUGAAAAUUUGCAGAAUAAGCUUUCUGAUCUAGUGGACCAGCCAAAUGCAUCAAAUUUUAGCUGGAAUUAUGCAAUUUUCUGGCAAUUGUCGCAGUCCAAGUCCGGGGAUUUGGUUUUAGGGUGGGGAGAUGGGUCCUGUAGGGAGCCCAAGGAAGGGGAGGAGUCUGAAGCCAUGAGAAUUCUUACUUUUCGGCUUGAGGAUGAGACCCAGCAAAAGAUGAGGAAAAGGGUGCUUCAGAAACUCCACACGGUUUUCGGCGGUUCAGAUGAGGAUAGUUAUGCUUUUGGACUGGACAGGGUUACGGAUACUGAGAUGUUCUUUCUUGCAUCGAUGUAUUUUUCCUUUCCUCGAGGAGAAGGUGGCCCUGGGAAAUAUUUUGGAUCAGGAAAGCACCUGUGGCUCUCAGAUGCAAUUAGAUCUCCGUGUGAUUACUGUGUCCGAUCAUUCCUUGCCAAGUGUGCUGGAAUUCAGACCAUUGUUCUCGUCCCAACUGAUGUUGGGGUGGUUGAACUGGGUUCAGUGAGAUCCAUUCCGGAGAGCUUGGAGCUGCUGCAGGCUGUUAGAUCAUCAUUCUCACCAUUUUCAUCACCCAUUAAUGUGAAGCCCACGGCAACCUUACCAGUAGUGAUGAAUGAGAGAAGAGAUGAAAAUGCCUCGUUCUCUAACUUGGGGCUUGGUGGGCGUGCAGAAGGAAUUCCAAAGAUUUUUGGGCAGGACUUAAACUCUGGCCAUUCUCAUUUCAGGGAGAAGCUUGCUGUUAGAAAAACAGAGGAGAGACCAUGGGAAGUUUACUCCAAUGGAAAUAGGCUUCCAUUUCCUAGCUCUCGCAAUGGUCUUCACAGUCCAAGUUGGGCAUAUGUCCAAGGUGUGAAACAGGGGAUUGCUGCAGAAAUUUACAACUCUCAAACCCCAGCAAAUAAUCUAAAGGAGUUUGUUAAUGGGGUUAGAGAAGAUUUUCGGCAAAACCAAAUGCAACCUCAGAAGCAGGUGCAAAUGCAAAUUGAUUUUUCAGGUGCCACUUCCAGGCCUUCCCUGAUUGCCCGGCCAAUUAGUGUGGAGUCUGAGCAUUCAGAUGUGGAGGUUUCAUGCAAGGAAGAGCGUCCAGGACCAUCUGAUGAAAGAAGGCCAAGGAAACGAGGUCGAAAGCCUGCAAAUGGAAGAGAAGAACCUCUCAAUCAUGUGGAGGCAGAAAGGCAGCGCCGUGAGAAGCUAAACCAGCGGUUCUAUGCAUUACGAGCUGUUGUGCCCAAUAUAUCCAAGAUGGACAAAGCCUCCUUGCUAGGAGAUGCUAUUACCUACAUCACUGAACUUCAGAAGAAGCUCAAGGAUAUGGAAGCAGAGAGGGAUAAAGUUAGGAGCACCUCAAAAGAUUCAUCAGCAAUGGAAGGAAACUCAAAUGCAGAAAACAUGAUCCAAGCGUCAGAUGUCGAAAUUCAAGCCAUGCCCGACCAGGUUAUUGUAAAGGUGAGCUGUCCUUUGGACACGCACCCUGUCUCAAGAGUCAUCCAAGCAUUCAAAGAUGCGCAGAUCAGUGUGGUGGAAUCAAAACUUGCCAUGGGCAAUGAUACCGUGUUGCAUACAUUUGUCAUCAAGUCUCAAGGAUCCGAACAGUUGACAAAGGAAAAGUUGAUUGCUGCAUUUUCCCACGAAUCCGUUUCUUUAUGACCAUUAUCAUCGGUUGGAUGAUACCAGCAUUGCAUUUAACCAAAUCCAUACAUGUAAUAUUUUAGUGAAGAGCCCAUUUGAGAGCUUCUACCGAGGUUUUUGACAUAUAGCAGGGGAUCGUAAGGAACAGCAUUUAAGAAGCUAGAAGUAGAAAAUAACUACCUAUUGACCAAGUAGGGCAGCAAAUUUUCUGUGUUUUGUUUAUAGUAUACAUAUUUUGUCAUAGUUAUUCUUGCAAGAUGAAUUAAAUUUGUAAGUUUUAAAUGAGUAUCCCAUUUGCUUAUUAAGGAGUUAUUAAUUUUUUUUCCCUAA